UACCUCCUACGGAGGAGUGGCCCAAAAUAGUUUUACAAGUGUGUUUUCUUUAAAUGAAUAGUACAGUGACGCUAAAACUUAGAAUAUUACUGUAUUGCUGCGAGUCUAAAAAAAGUAGAAAUCGCCCCAAGGGGUCGUCAGCCGAAAGAGCAGUUAUGAAUUGCACUUAUGGAUUCUUUUUGAGCAGCUCUUAAGCACUCCCUUUUUUUUUGCCUUUAGAGAUUAAUUCCGCGGCCGAAGACAAAUUUUGGCGCACCGUUUAGAGAAGUACCUAUAUUCACUCGUUUCUGUGUCUUAGUGCAAAUUUUUGCUGAGCGGUAUUCGAGCCAACGAAUGAGCUAUCAUCAUCAGCUCACACUGCUUUAACGGCUGGCAAAGACAGCGUACUGAAGCGCCGCCGCUCGAUAAAGACCGUGCUCGCAUCUGCGUCGAUUUAGCUAGGACCAGCUUGCCGCAUCUUCUUUCUUCCAAUCCGCCAUCGCCGCCUUCGAAAUCGGUACGCAAAGAUGCACCGCUACUCCGGCGCGGGAACCUCGAGCGGUCGCACGACGAAUUCGGCCACUGUCACCCGGCGUACAACGAGCCUGGCCGAAGUUCUGGAGGCGGCUCGGGAAUCCAAGCUCAUCGUUCCUCCCCCCGAGAUAGAACGAGAAGCGCUGGGAGCCCUCGCGACCGCCGAGCGCCACCGGCAGCAGCCGUCUCGAGCUGCGGCCUCCGGGAAGUGCAAUACCGGCUGCGCUGCUGUGGCCGCGGCUGUAGCCCCGGUGGCGCCGAGGUCCAGCGGGAACAGCCUCGCGUCCAUUCUCGUGCUGUUCACGGUCAGCGUCAUCACGGCGGGAUUCGUGGCUUGCGCGGUGGCCACGGGUCGCUACAUCACCUCGGGCGGUGUCUACGCCGGCCUGCGCGGAAGGAAUAGAGAUCUGGGCGCCGGCCCUUCUAUGGACCUUCAGGUGCCCGCCGCUCAUCCUGUACACGCAGUCCCUCCAGCCGCUGCAGAAGAGGAGGAGGCCGAGAAACUGGCGCGACGCCUCAUGAUUCAGCCAGAAGCUGAGGAAGCGUCGCCUAACGGCGGCCCAGAAGCCGGGCCCGCCACGGAACCUUUCAGAGACAUCGCCGCCGCUGCUGAAGGCAGGACGCCGGCGCCGGCAACUGGCAGGAAGAGGGCGGUGAGGACCAAUCGCCAGCCGGCGCGCGAACCCAAGAUUCAAAAUCGGAACCCGCCUCUUGCAGUCAACAACGAUACGGAAACUCCAGAACCGCCUACUGCGACGAAUUCGAGCGCCCCGAGCGACCCGAAAUGGAAUCUUACGUUGCACUAAUAACAAGAUUCACACCAGUGGGAGGCACACGACAAUCACGAUGAGUGCGUCUUGCGUUCGGUGUCCUGUACAUCUUCGCGGCUUUUUGCCAUAUAGCAACCGUCGUCAUACCUCGAGGAAAAUUCUCAUCGACGUUCAUGGAUGUCGUGCACUGAGUGGAAAUGAUUUGGUGUGACGAGGAUGGUAUCAUUUUCUUUCAAGAAUUAAAAGUUGCCAUGCUCUUGUU